ACGACGUAGUGGCGUGGAAGGAGUCAAGCAAGGGCACGGGUAUCUUCGCCGUAAUGACCGGGGACAUCCCCAGGCGACCCCUUCCCACCUGGCUGGGGCUGGACGUGGAAAACAUGGCCGGGCGCGUGCUCUCCCUGCCGGAGCCCUCGGAUAUAGACACCGGGAUAGACGUGAGGCUGGUUGUGGAGCACUAUUCCAGAUAGUGUAGGAGAUGCUUUUAUGGUUCAGAUAGGAGGGGUCUUGGAAGAGACUCCCAAGCCAGAAAUAAGGGUCCUGGAAGUCCAGGACGACUACGGCAAGUUUUCGGUGGAGCCGCUGGAGCCGGGGUACGGGAUUACCCUUGGUAAUCCCAUGCGUCGGGUGCUGCUCACCUCUAUCCCGGGCACCGCGGAGGCGCAG